CUAGUAGAGAUUUAACAACAACAAAAUUUGGGAAAAAAGAAGUCUCUUCUCUCUCUCUCUCUCUCUCUAAAGAUAUUUUUCGAGGUUUCUACGGUCGUGAGUGAAAGUUUGGAUAUCAAGUUUUGAUUUCUUUGCCUCUCUCUCACUCUAAUUUCAGAUAUUUCAUUUUUUUUUAAAUCUUCCUGAAGGACGAGCGUGUUUGAGAAUGGCUGAGGUGGUGGUGAGUAGCAGUAGCGGAGGAAGGAUGGAGGUGGACAAAGAGAGAGAGAAGAAAGAAGGAUCAUCGGAGGUGGUUCGAUGGGAGAAGUUUCUACCAAAUAUGGUGCUUCGAGUUUUAUUAGUUGAAGCUGAUUAUUCUACUCGCCAGAUUAUCUCUGCUCUUCUUCGUAAAUGCAGCUACAGAGUUGCUGCUGUUCCUGAUGGUUUGAUGGCCUGGGAGACCUUAAAGGAUGGACCCAACAACAUUGAUCUCAUAUUAACAGAAGUAGAUUUGCCAUUAAUAUCAGGAUAUGCACUGCUUACUCUGGUCAUGGAGCAUGAUUUUUGCAAAAACAUUCCAGUCAUAAUGAUGUCAUCACAUGACUCAAUUAGUAAAGUCUUGAAGUGCAUGUUAAAAGGCGCAGCUGACUUUCUCAUUAAGCCUGUUAGGAGAAAUGAACUGAAGAACCUCUGGCAGCACGUUUGGAGAAGGCAAACUCUAACCGCUGGAAAUAUCCCUCCAAAUUCACCCAAUGCACAGCAUAGAGUUGAAGCUGCAUCUUCAGCAAGUGAUCACUCAAGUGAUUGUGCAACUUCUUCACAUAAAAGAAAGGAAUGCAGCAACAAAGGAAGUGAUGCCCAAGGUUCACAGCCAAAGUGUAGAAGUUCUUCAAAUCUAAGCAAUAUGGAGAAAGAAUUGUAUGAAGAUGUCACAUUGGACAAAAAGUCAGCUAUCCCUGAGAGUAAAACUGGAGAAUGGUCAACCAGAUUGCAACCAGUGGAUGCAACAUGCAACGAGGCUCACAAUCCAACUGUUCUGAAACUUGAAGAAGAACAUGAUUUUACUAAGAUAAAUAUUCAAGAUGAGAGAGCACAACCAGAGAAUGAUAGGAGCAAUGCCAGUACCACUCAGUUGCACAAUGACAAACAUAUUAGAUCUUCUGCUGGAGUUAUUGACUUGAUUGGUACAUUUGAUAAUGGCCCAAAGCGUACAUGUGGAGACAUAAGCAUAAAUGAUAGUGCGAACAAGUCUGAAUUCCCUUCUCAACUGGAACUUUCUCUCAGAAGGUUCUUUCCAAAUAGCUUGAAGAACCAAGUGGUUGAGGAAAGGCGUGCACUAAAUCAUUCUAAUGCCUCAGCUUUUUCACGGUAUAGUAGUAGUAAGAUAUUGCAACCACUUUUUCCAACAUCAACCAGUAAUUAUACAGAGUUUAAGGAAGACUCAAGUAAGUCGCCUGAGCUGUCAUCCAAUCAAAUUUCUCAAAAUGCUAAUAGCGUCUCUCAACAACAAGGUUCUAAUCCGAAUGGCAGUCAAGAUAUUAUCACCAACCUGGUCAUUGGUCAAUCUGGGAAAUGUGAACUAGCAUAUCCGGACUCUCAGAAAUUGAUUGCUGUCUCAGGGUUGAGGCUCGAAAAUAUCUGUAAUGGAUAUGGGCAUGUUUUUUCUCCUUUAUAUUAUGCACAGACAGGUUUACCUUCAUCUAGUCCCAAACUGGCCAGCCAAAGAGAACAGUCUCCAUUUCCUAUUAGCACCUCAAUUCAUUCAAAUCCUGAAAUUCAGGACUCGGAAGGAAAUAAUAGACAGUCUGCUGAAACUGCUACUGCUCCCGUGGAGCAGAAUAUGCACCAGCAGAACAAUAUGGAGCAUCCCGAGGAACUGAAGCAUGGUUCACCUGCUGCUGGUCAGAGCACUGGCAGUAGCAUGUGCAAUAGCUUUGCAGAUCACAAUAACAGCAGCGCAUAUGGAAGCUUUAGCAGCAGAACUCAUAGAAAUGCCACUUUUGUUGCACCAACUGAGAAGCCUACGGUUCCAGAGAGCUCGAAUGAUGGGGGUAUCGUUGCUUGUGAUGGAUUUAGAGGGAUGGACUCGGAUCGCUUCAGCCAAAGAGAAGCAGCUUUGACAAAGUUCCGACUGAAGCGGAAAGAUCGCUGCUAUGAGAAAAAGGUUCGAUAUCAAAGCCGGAAAAGACUAGCAGAGCUGCGUCCAAGGGUGAAAGGGCAGUUUGUUCGUCAAGUGCAAAAUGAUGCCCCGGUAGCUGAUGCGAAUGAUGAUGUUUGAAACUCUCCAUUGUCCAUGUCUGGUGGCCGUCAGAUGCAGGAAUUGGAAAUACUAUAGCGACCACGAUGUGAAAUCUGGACAUGCUUCUUUAAUAUUUGCUUUGCUAUGGGCUAUAACUUAAAAUUUUUGUAUCUAUGGAAAAAAAAGAAAAGAUAGCAUUGUAAUUGUGUAGCGAGGUUGUCCGACCCCUCCGCUACUCUGGUUAAUUUGUUUGGUUUGUUUAGUAGAUGACCGACUCCUAGUGUUUAGGAAGGUUUAAUGAUAUUGAUGAUAUGCAUGGGUAGUUAUUCAAUUCCCAGAUAGGUUGAUUUCUUGA